AUUUUUCUACUCCAACUGCUAUGGACUAAUGUAAUGUAAGAGACUGAGACGGACGUUUCUGUGUUAAGUGUAUAUUGUAACUUAUUUUUUUUUAUUUAAAACUAUUUAUUGUUUAAAGCCGUUUUUUUUUUUCAUUAACUAUAUCCUUCUCUAGAAUUAAUUUGAAGAUAAAAAACAAAUAUACACACAAAUGAACGUAUAAAAUGAGUUCUAUUCAACAAACUGGUAGAUUCCUGCCGUUUACUAAUAACAGCAGUAAUAUACAGCGUAAGCAGUUGUCGACUCAAGGAGCUUUACCCCAAAGUUUGAGCGGAAGUGAUACCGAUGUAUCAACAUCCAAUGAAAAUUUAAGCAAUGAAGAGAGAUACGUUAUAAGACAUACUGCUAGACAAGAACCUCAAGGCCAGGAAAAUCAACAACAGCAAAGUCCAUCAAGAUCUUCCAGCCAUAAAGAAAAUAUACCAAAUAUUCAAGGUAACUUGAUAAAUCGUAAUAGCUUGAAGGAUAGUUUAAAUGGAUCAAACAGAAACAGUUUGAAGGAGAGUUUAAAUGGGUCAAAUAGAAAUAGUCUUAAAGACAGUAUCAAUGGAUCGAAUCGUAACAGUUUGAAGGACAAUUUGAGUAAUCGAACAAGCGUGGGAUCUAAUCGUAGUAGUCUCGAUAUAUCAACUAGCUCAUACAAUACACUUAUUAUUCAUAAUGCUAAUGAUGAAAAUGGCUGGUCACCAUCUGGACGUUUGUCUAGUAUCGUUCGCGAGCAUGCCGGCGAUGUGGGUUAUUUGUAUAGUGAAGGGGGUGGUGGUGGCAAAGGUCACUCAAAUAGUCCGACAAUGCAAUCCUUAACGAGUUUACCGCAUGACGAACGUUUUUAUGAGCAGCCGAACAAUGGAUGUCAAGAAAUUAACGAUAUUCCUGAUGAUUAUCUUAAUCAGUCUCAGGUUUUGAAACAUCUUGCGAAAGAAGUUAAGCCGUACUCUAAGCUACAGAGUGGUGGAAAUAAUUUAGAAAUAAGAAUGCGCGAUGUCGAUAGAGCUAAACAAAUAAAUAAUGAGUUCAAUGAUCGUUCCCAGUCGUCUUAUACGUCGAUACUAAUGCCUGCGAAAAGUAAACACAGAUUAUUAGGACCUACGGAAAAAUUAACAUUGUCAAGAUCACAACCGGAUUUAUCACGAAUUGAUAAAUUAGAUUUCGAUGGCUAUGAUUCACCUGCGACAUCUCCACGACCUCAAACGAAAGGUAGAGAGGAAGUUGAUAUAGCAACUGGUGAAAUUUGGCCCCCAUCUGAAAUGGUCCAAAUAAUUAUUCAAGAAAACAGUGCCCUGAAGCUACAACUAGAGCGAUGUUACAGUCAAGUUGCUAAAUCACAAAAAUUAGAGCAAGAAAUAUCAAAAGUUCAUCGAGCACACGAAGAGUUAGCUGCAUCAUGUGAGCGACGUGAAAAACUUGAACGUGCGGCUCGUCUCAGGCUUCAAAACGACUGUCGUCGGUUGACUGAAUUAAAUCGUGCCUUAAGAGAUCAAAUUGAUUUAAUGUCUUCACGAUCUGAUAAUCCACCGAUCGUUGAAUCCAUGCGUAAAGAAUUGACGCAGAGAGAAUUAUUGAUUGGACAACUUAUUACUCAAAAUAAAGAGUUAGCGGCCUCUAAGGAGAGACAGGAAAUAGAAUUAGCGGCACAGCGGGCAACUUUGCAAGAGCAACGUACGCAUAUUGAUAUUUUAGAUACCGCAUUAACAAACGCCCAAGGGAAUGUUGUGCGCUUAGAAGAAGAAUGCCGUAAAAAACAAAUUUAUGUAGAGCGUGUGGGUCAACUACAACGUGCAUUAUCGUCAUUACAAGCUUCAAGUGACAGACGUGAAGAGACUGAGCGACAUUUACGCGGUCAACUUGAACGCGAAUUACGUGAAGGUGGUAAUGGAGUUAAUGGUCACGAGCAUUCAUCGAACGGAGAGACAAUAACUGAAUUAAAGAGACGAUUACGCGAGCGAGAUGAAAAAAUAAUGUCGCUUGAAGGUGACGUUGCUAAAUGGGAGCAACGAUAUUUGGAGGAGAGUGCGUUACGUCAAGCAGCCAUUGACGCAGCAAGUCUUCCCAAGGAUGCUAAAAUAGCAGCUUUGGAGAAGACAAGUCAAGACGCUGAAAAAAUGAUCGCUGAAGCGAGAUCUGAAAAAAUGCGUCAUAUGGAUGAAGUUCAUGCCGCUCAGAAAAAAUUAGCUGACCUUGAAUCUCGAAUGAAAGAUCUAGAGUCAAAGCUAGCUGAGCGCGAUGCAAUGAUACGUGUCCUACAGAAGCAUACAUACGACAAAGACAGUAGCAGCAGCAGUGGAAUGGGCAGUUAUCCAGCAGUACAUUCCUCUCAUUCAAGCACGUCUGCAGAUCACACUGGAUUAACAGGCACUCCUGAAUUAGUUUCACGUAUGUCAUCAGUGAGCAGUGUGCUGGGUGGGACCAGUGGAUACGGCAGUACUGGAACAUCCUACGGCGUUACUGACAGCUACAAGUAUCGUAAGCAAGGUAGUUUUGAACAAACAAACAAGAGCCUUGAUGAUCAACUCAAAGAACUUGAUUCCCAGCUACUCAGUAAGCGGGCACUUUGCUGUUUUCCAGGAUUCUCUAAUCCAGGCACUACGUCGCGAAAAGGAAAAAUAUCCAAACCACUAUUGGCAGGCGUAGAUCAUAGCACUGGUAGUUCCAGUACCGCUUCAAGUAAGAGCCGUCUGUUGGACGACUCUGGGGGUGAGCCAACUGUUGCUGGUGUUGGUGUUGGUGUCGGUAGUGGUGGUGGUGUUGGUGGUGGUGCUAGUGGAGGAGUAGGAGGAGGAGGAGGAUUGAUUGAAUUUACUAGCUCAACAUCUGCGAGAUACAACAAACAAGCUAACACUGUUGUUGCUGUAUCGUCACGUUUGUCUGACGGUAAACCUGAGGAUAUGAUGUUACUAGAGAAGCAGGGUAGAAGUUCGCAGAGACAGCGUAUGCAGGAAGGCGAACCUCGUAGAGCCGGCAGUCUACCACCAAGUUCAUUGCCACGUCCACCACGUGCCUUAAAAUCAAGUGGAAAUUCACGUUACUGUCGAUUGAGUGAUACUGAGACACGAAAAAAAUCCGAUCCUGGACCUAGUGUCAUUGAUACCAUAAAAACGCCACGUGACUCGGGGAAUUGUACUCUAGAGUAUGGAAGAUUUGACAACAGUAAAGGAUUCAGACGCAAAAAAUCAGUUGCUGAUGCCUUUGUGCCAAACACGUUGAAGAAACCGUCCAAUGGAGAAUACGAACGACUGGGUGAUGUUGAUAGAAAGAAGACGAUACUUGGUGGUGGUGGCGGCAGUGGUGGUGGGGAUGUUAAACAUCGCGAGACUCAAGGACGUUCAUUGAUACCACCCCCUUCAAGACGCAUCGUGGGUGACUAUGGAAGAUUGAGUGACGGUGAUGCCAAAGCUACGCUGAGGAAACAAACUGGUUUAUCAGCACGUGGGUUGAGUACUGGUAGUAUGGUCAGCAGCAAAAGCGGUGGACGUGACUCUGGUGGCACUGCCAGUAGCGAAGCAUCUACAUCUUCGUUACCACCUACUAAAGCUAGAUCUAUACCGCGACCAAGUAAUUACCGUAUACAAUUUUAAUUUUAUCCGUGAGCUUCUUUGAUGUUUUUAAUUAUUUGAUAUGUGAUUAUUAUUAUUAUUAUUAUUAUUGUUAAUAUUAAUAUUAUAUAAGAAUGUGGAUUAAGAUAAUAAGAAGGGAAUAGAUUUAAUCGUCAGGCUGUUAUAUCAAAUCUGUAAUUUGUUUAAAUUUUUUAGUCUGGAAUCUCGAGUACGCCAUAAUAAUGUUUAGUAUUUUUUUUCUAUAUAAUUAUUGUUUAAUAAUAAUUUCGAUGAAUAAAAAAGCGCUCCGUUAAG